AUGCAUCUUUUACAGGUGCUGCUUUCUCUGGUGUCCUUGGCCGCGGCUACGCCGGUACUCGUGGACCAAGAUGGAAGGCACUAUAUGUUGCAACUAUUUAGCGGCCACUAUGCGAUCGACCGAUCUGAUCAGGAAAUCUCCGGUACUUCCGGUAGCGGGGGUGACUAUGGAGGUGGAUAUGGAGGUGGUUAUGGAGGUGGUUAUGGGGGUGGUGAUGUUGGGGGUGGCCAUGGGGGUAGUGGUUUCGAACCUAGUUCUGGCGGACAUCUAGAAUCCGGUGGUGGUCUCGAGGGUGGUCAUCAAGAUUUCUCUUCUAGCGGUGGUGGAUUCGACGGUGGUCACAGCGGUGGAGAUGGUGGCCAUGGAAUCUCGUUAGACAGUGGACAUAAUUAUGUUCACAGUGUCCCCGUCUCAGAGCAUGUCGAAGUGACGAAGCCCGUUGCUAUACCAGUCUACAAACACAUUGGUGUACCGAUCCCGAAAUCAGUGCCGAUACCUGUGCCGCAUCCAGUAGCAGUUGGCAUUCCGCAACCGUAUCCCGUUCAUAUCCCCAUACCGAAGCAUAUUCCCAUACAAGUCAUAAAGACGAUAGCAAUUCCGGUAGAGAAAAAGGUGCCUUACCCCGUAGAGAAGCACAUACCGGUACCCAUCGAGAAGCCAGUUCCCAUCACAAUCGAGAAACACAUCCCCGUCCCAGUUGUGAAGCCAUAUCCCAUCAAGAUUCCCGUUUACAAGACUAUUUAUCAUCAUGCGAAGAAGCAUUAA